AUUCCAUUUCCGGUUUCAACAUAACUCACAAAGUAUCAGAAUGGACGUCAAUUUAAGAUAUUUUGCCACUGUAGUACCAUAUAUCUUAUGAUUUUAUGCUUAAAAUCUUAAACUCCAACUACUAAAUAUGAAGGGAGAAGAAAGCUAAACUUUUAGAAAAAUUUUAUUUGCUAAUGAAUUACCCGCUGAAAGUAGAAAGUGAGUAAAACUCACUAAUACAUUAAACUUAUUUAAGAUCUUUUUAUUAUUUUAUUGAAAAAAUAGAAUCAACAGCUUUUAAAUGAAGUUAUUGCUACUUCUUUGCAAGACUCAGAUUUGGUCUAUACAACGAAGAAGCAGCUAAUUUAGAAACUAAAAAUAUUGCUAUUUCUAUUUUAUAUCAUUCCUGUUUGGAUAUUUUUACGAUAAGUUUAAACUAAGUUGCUAACUUCUACAUUAUCUAUCUAAUAUUUAGUGUUAUUACUGACCGUCGUUUCAAAAUUAAUUGGCGCUUAUAUGACGAGAAUAUUUCCGUACGAAAUGUUUUAUUUGCAAUUUUAAUAAGAAUUUAAUCUUUCAAUAGUAACUAGUCCGUUGAUAUUUUAUAUAUGUUCGAAUCAAGGUACGAAAAUACUUUUAGUUUGGUAAUAGAACCGCAGUAAAUAUAACAAUAUGGCGCCGGCCAAGACAGAAUUAUUGUUUAUCGACACAUUUUCUCAUAGCUCAUCAGAUGCGAUCAAUUUGGAUUUAAUACAAUUCAUAAGACCGGUGGUAGUUAAAGAAGUAAGAGUUAUUCCGCUUGGUACUCGGGUCCAAGCCGAUAUACCGGGAGGCAUUCGUUUAGGUGCAACGAAUCCUUCUCAAUUCGAUUUGGAUAUAUUUGUAAAUAAUUUGAAGGAACAGACCUCAACAUUUGAAAAAUUCGGAAAUAUCAAAUAUAAAGCAAAUGUAAAUAUUCUCUUCGAAGCUGAUGGAGAGCCUAUACCAACCGAUGGCUUGGUAAUUCGGGGUAUUUACACGACUAUAACAUUGGCUGUCUACGGAAAUGAGACUAUUCAAACACGAUCCGUAUCACCGCCUAUUCAACAACCGAAGGUUAGAGCCCCUGAUGUCCUCACCACUCGACCUGUUGGUGGAGGAAUUAAUCGUCCAGAUAAUUUAACAAAGCCACCCAUUGAUCUACCUGGGGUCAAUCAAAAAGUAUCAGAAUGGCUCUCAAUGGCCCCUUCACCUCAACCAUCCCCAACCAGACCCAUCUCACCACACAAUAAUGAUCAAAGGCAUGUAGCAUCCACUGCUGUCUCCCAAAAUGCUCAGUCUUCACCUAAUGAUCCUCCACCAUCAAUACCAAUCGAAUCUACUGGACAAGUUCAUGAUCCCAGGGCUUCUAGAGCCCGAAUGGAAGAGGCUAUGCCAAUUACAGUUGUUACAAGUAUGCGCAUUGGUAAAACUGAGCCUGUUCCAAAUCCAACACUAAACGAAGUAACGGACGAUACGGAACCGGGAGAAAUUCCUGAGGAUAUCGAAAUGGUCUCAGAUGAAGAAUGUCAAAAAGGCUAUGAAACUAUUUCGUCCGGUGAAGAUAAUUUAUCAGAUUUAAAUGGUGUUCCAUCCCGUAAACAAUUAACUGAUAUGGACGUAAGCGGUUUAGAUAUUGUUGAUAGCGAAGGAUGGACCUAUGGAGUUGCUAGUUUCAACCCUUAUCAAUUUCAAUUGGUACCCCUUGAAGCAUUUUCAGAUCCGGCUCUAACUCCUCAUGAAAUUGCGGUACAUAAGCUAAAUGACAACAAAUCAUUAUCCUGCCAAGAGGCUGAUAGGAUAUUACAAUAUAUCCAGAAAACUGAAGGAUCUGACGCUGAUUGGGUAGAUCGUAUGGAACAGGUUACAGAUAUGUUAGUUCCUGGACUCGCCCAUCUUAUGAUAACUGAAUUCAAAAAUCAAGUUUUGGAUUGCUUGUGUGAAUGGGCAUUAAGAGGAUUAGACACUGAUUCGGCAAGUCGUCAACCUGUUACUCACAUGGUCCGACAUUUAAAAGCUGGUAUUCGAUUGUGUGGAGCUCUUUGUGCAUGCCAUGAUGAUAUUGCGUUCCGUCUAUUACAUCGCGACGUACAACAUCAGCUUGUGCAACUACUCGGUAGAAGGGAAAUGGCGUCGUCGAUAAAAUUGUUAAUUCUCCGUUCUUUAGAUCAAACAACAAGGGUAAAAGAUGGUCUUUUAUGGUUUAUUGGUGGUCAUCCAAUACAAAAGAAAGUUGACAAAUGCGUUUACGCUGAGCUAAUUGAACAAGUUAUUGAUGAUAGACAUGAUCAAAGAGUUCUUAAAGCUCUAAGUGCUUUAUGCAACAAAUUAAAUUUAUAUGACUCUCUCCACGCUCUGAAUGAUAAUGUUAGACUAACAAUAGCUCAAACUGAGGAGGCUUUACAAAAAGUUGUUGAUAAAGAAGAUGAAGAAUUUAUUAUAGAGCCCCUGCAAGACGACGUUGUUCAAAAAAUUGUUACCUGUCUUGAACAUAUGACAAGAUCUCUUAUUAAUGCGAGAUUUACUCUUUCUCAACCAUCAAGAAUUCCAAUUCGAGAAGUUUUAUACGAAGUUCAUCUACCCUCUCACGAUCCCCUACCAGAUAUUUUAAGGAUUUUCAAUAGUUCUGGAAUUCUAAAAGCUUGCAACGUAUUACUGACCAGUCCAUCCUGUACUCAACAUCCGUCUAUCAUUCUUGCAGCAAAGAAACUUAUUGAACAGUUGUGCUCCUCACAAGCUGGAUUACUAUUUCUUGCAUUCAAUCCGGAUCCUGUUAAUAGUCUAAUUAUGAGUAUUUUGCAAAGUGUAUCUAGGGACGAUAGUGAAGAAUCGAUGAGCAAUUCAUUUGUCUUACACCUAGUUUAUCAUUUGCAAAGUCUUCUAUAUGUAGAUGAAUUAAAAAUGACUAUAUCUCGGGGUGGAUACGUACUAGGAGUCUUACAUAAUCUUUUUGUUCUAACUUUGUCCCCUAUUGGAAGAGAUGCAGUUGUUCGGGUUUUGGGUUUGGAAGAUAACCUUUUACCGCUCCUUCAACUAGCCGAUAUUGGCGAAAUAGAUAAAGAAGACGUUGAACUUAAAAAGAAAGCUAUACUUUUACAUUAUGUGUUUAAUUUAAUUUUACUCGUUCUAAGACAUUCUACCAAUACCGCAUCACUACUUGAACGUCAUGGACUGUUGUUAAAUAAGCUUUCGAAAAAUGAAAUGACGAUCAUGCCAAAAAUUAAUGAAAAGAUUCACGAAAUGUCCGAAUUCUUAUCACCAAUAUCCAGCAUUCUUGAUAAACCAACGUCCUUGGAAGUUUUACCAGUUCUAUUAGAGCAGAUGAAACAUCUAGUCGAUGAUAUUGAAUGUACAAUACCAAAAGGUUUAGUAACUAUUUUACGACUUUUACAAUCAUUUCUUGUGCAACCAGUCAAUAACGAAUGGCCAGUUCAACUUGUUUAUGAGAGGGCAGUGGCCGAAAGUCAGGGAGCAAUACAUUAUCUUGCAAAUAUUGUACAAAAAUGUGCAGAUAUCACAAGAACACCUUGGUUAAAAUGUAUACCUCUUCAACCCAAUACGAAGACGCUAAUAAUAUCAACUCUAACGACGGCCUUGUCAUCGUUAACCGCUUUACUACAAAAGACGAUUAAAGCUCGGGGACUAGACUUUAAGGAUACCACAGCAGUUGAAAGUCUAUUUAACGCUCAUGCAGUGUUCUGUUCUGUUACUCCAAAUGGACACUUGAGCAAGGAGCAGCUGGAUAUACAGGAAUAUAUAGUUGCGUGUUUGGCAGCCUACACUCAACCUCUCAUUUGCGAUAACAAGGCUGUUUCUCAGUCUGUUUGGACUGGAACUCUGAAAAAUUUAUUAAAAUGGAUGCUCACAGCCCCAUAUACUAUUCUGUCUGGAUUAGUAUUACUCAGCGAAUUAUUACCUUUACCAUUGCCAAUUCAAACAAAGAAAAAUCUCGAGAAGGAUGAUCAAUAUUUAAUAAUUCAACCUAGAAAAUUAUGCAGUGCCCAUUUACUACCCUUGGACGAACAAUUACGCGAUGUUGUAAACACUUUAGCAGUGUCCAGUUGUAGUCCUUUACAACACAUUUUGAAAAGGGUGUGCUGGCAGCUAUCAGAUUUAACUGCUCCAUCUGCAUCUGUAAUGGCAACUAUUGUUUUAGAUCUGGUAGCAAAGACUAUAGAUGAUUCAGGAGGUUUAUCUAAUUCCAACUUAGUUCGCGUUCUAGAUUUAUUAGUCUUCCUUGCUGAUAAGCCAUCAUUUAAAGCAGCAGCAAUUGCACUACUUAAUGAGGAAACAUACGAAAACAUUCUGAGAAAGAUUGCGUCACUUCUCAAUGUAGUUGAUGAGCAAAAUCGUUGGCAUAGCGUUGUUCAGGAGGCAAUAAUUGGUGUUUACCAGUGUCUAUGUGACUGUGAGGUAUCUCUACUAUCGUUAGAUCAACACUCAGUCGCCGAAUGUGUAUCAAAUUCUUUGCCAUCAAAAAAGCACCUUUAUAUUAUCAUUGAAAGUAUAUUUAUGCAUAUUGGUUCGCCAGAUCAAAGUUAUACCAGCGUAAUACCAUCUUUGAAGACUUUAUAUAUUUUACUUGAACAUGACUUUGGACUAUCUCUCUUACACGAAUAUCUCGCUGAAAGAGACAGUAGCGUUUUUUAUGUUUUGUUUGACCGAAUCAAUGGAACUUUUAGUAAAGACAGUCAUGACCACAUAGCAACGCUUACAGCUGCUGUGGAAGUUCUCCAUAUGAUGGUUCAAAAUAAAAGGAAAGAUAUCAUAACGAUCAACAGAUUAAAACUUAUGCUAAACUGGCCUAAAGAGAUGCAUCCUCUUGACGAUCUCGAAAACCUACUAUCAGCGCAAAUAGAAAAACAAGAUGAAAAUUUGAGAACUCUCCACGACGCAAUGAAAGAUCUCGUUUCAAUUUUAAAAGAGGAAGAUAUGAGUAAUGAAUGGAAACCAGUAGAACUUCCAAAUCCGCUACCUUUGCACGAACUCUUUAACUUGAGAACUGUCUCCAUGUUUGCUGAAUCAGAUGAGAAUAGACUAAGUGACACUUUUUGGUUGGCAACACCCAUGGGAGGAGAGGGAGAGAGAGAAACUGUUCCCGUGAAUUUAAUUGAAAUUGUUAAUGAGCAUUUACCUGAUGUCAAACUGAAGGAGGAGCUAAUGAAGGAUACAGAUGUUGCAACAGCACGUAGAAUUCGGGCUCGUGCUCCUCGCCGUCAAAUGGAUAUGAUUAAUACCAGUAAAACGCAAGGAUCUAGUAGAGGAGCUUUCGCUGCCCCAAUGAGAGGAAGGGGAUUUGCAAGAGGCGCAAGUACUCGUAACGACCUAUUUCGUUCAAGGCCACCAAAUACUUCGAGACCGCCAUCUAUGCAUGUCGAUGACUUUAUUAAGAUGGAAAAUUCUGAAAGUGCUCCAGAUGAUGCUACUGUAAUGCCUCCACCUCCAACAAUAACUACUACUCCCGACCGUCCGAGAUCAAUAUAUCCUGGACCAUCAUCGGUUGGCUCAGGGUAUCGACGAGAAGAUCCACAACAGUGGAGAUCAAAGACCUACGCAUCAUCUGAUUCAAAUCACUAUUCAUCGAUAGACACUCGGAACUUUGGGCAGAACUAUUUGUAUAACAAAUUCGUAAUUAAUCCACAAACACAGACGCCUAAUUCACCGUAUAGCCGAAGAACAGAUGCUCGAAACUAUAUGCGUCCUGUUCCUAAGUGA